CAAACAGAAAAAACCACUCGUCACCGUAUGCAUGGCAAGAGUUUGACGUCACUCGUAUCACCCCACCGCCAAGCGAUUGCUAUCGAAAGUCCACAACUGAUCGGAUGCCAAGGCAGCGGGCCCUAGGACCCCGCAGCCCCUCCUCCUGCUCCCUCUUCGCGUUGCUGUGCACAGCCAGACCCGGUUUGGGUAUAUAUGAUACGUUUGCCCAACUCGUUGCUGUCUAUCUGCCAUAUUUUAACUUCUUCAAAGUUGACUCUGCUAGUUGCGGCCUAUUCCCUAGUUACGGUCCCCUAGUCUCACACACAUCACACACCAUGGCGUCCCUAGUAGAGACUCUCACUGCCUCUGGCGGUCCCGAGUCAGCGGGUUUCCUGAACGACCUCGUUGGUCACCUAUGGCCCAAUAUCUGUGUUGCCGGUGGCGCCAUGAUCAAGCAGAUUGCUGAGCCCAUGUUCGCGCAGAUGCUUCCUGCUCCCCUGAACACACUUCACUUCGCCAAGAUUGACUUGGGCGUUCAGCCCAUGACCUUCUCCAACGUGGAUGUGCACAAGGUUGACAACGGUGGUAUCAAGCUGGACUUGGAUGUCAACUGGGAUGGCAGCUGCGAUAUCGAGAUGGACGGAAAGAUGAUCCCUAAGGUGGGCGUCGAGCACGUCAAGCUGAGUGGCAGACUAUCUAUCCUGCUCUGCCCAAUCACCAAUGUGAUCCCUCUUAUUGGCGCCGCCCAAGUCUCCUUCAUCAACCCCCCUUACCUCAAGUUUAACUACACAGAUGGCGCCAACAUUGCCAAUCUUGGCUUCAUCGACUCUUGCGUCCGCAAGGUCGUCCAGUCCAUCAUUGCCGGCAUGGCCGUCCUUCCUAACCGCUUCCUCGUGAAGCUUGACCCAUUCAACGAUUACUUCAAGACCUACCAGCUCCCAGUCGGUGUCGUCCGUCUCACCAUCGAGUCAGGAAGCAACUUUGGUGAGGAGCUCAAGUCCAAGAACAUUUUCAAGAAGCUCGUCCACGAUGUCCCAGACUGCUACGUCACCACCUCCCUCUCAGGCGAGACUCCCGGCUGGAAGACAGCCACGGUCAAGGACAACCACCACCCCGAGUGGAACGAGACCAGAGACUUUAUCGUCUCUGAUCACGAUCAGUUGCUGGCUUUGGAUGUCAAGGACUCAGACACCGCUUCCGACGAUGACAUUGGCCUCGCCACCAUCACCGUCAAGAAUCUCCUCCUGGCUCAUGGUCAGAAGCAGGAUCUUACCCUCAUGCACAAGGGCGAGGAGACCGCGGGCAAGCUUACUGUCAGCGGCAAAUACUACCAAUUCAUCCCCGAUGCCACCAGCAUCAUCGGCGAGGAGAACCCCGCAGAGAUCAAGGGCUUGCUCGCCGUCCUUGUUGCUGCUGUCAAGAACCUCAAGGGUGCUCGCGAGCAGCUCAAGCCCAGCGUCGCCAUCACCUGGGGCGCGCACAAGUUCCAGACCGUCGUCAAGUGUGAUGUUCCGGGCGGUGCUGAGGAUAUCCAGAACCCUCACUUUGACAACACUUUCCGCAUUCCUCUCUCUGGCAGCAUCGAAGGUGCUGCUCCUGUAAGAAUUGCCCUGAUGGAUGGCAAGAACGAGAUUGGCGCUGUUGAGGUGCCUCUUGAGGAGGUCCUUGCGUCGGAGAACUUGGCUUUGCUCAAGGAGUUUGAUGUUGGUAACGGCCAGAUUGUCAAGGCUGGUGUUGUGAUCAGGGGUACCAAGCUUGUUGAGUAAGGGAAGGAUAAAAUGAGGGAUGGGUAACAAAACCAUAGCAUUAGCGUUCAUUAUCAGAAUUAUGAGAAAUAAUUAAUGACUCGAUAGAGAGUAAAAAAUAAAAUAAAAAUGAAAAA